GAUUCAAUAUAUUGGGUUCCGCCACUCAGUGGGGCACAAAACCGUUUACGGACUAGCAAUUAAGCUUCACUCUCGGAGGCUCAAAUGUCCUGUCUUCCUGUCUCCAGCUCCGUGGCUGAGCUACGUCUGACCACCUUAGAUCUAUCGCUUUUCCUUGAAUCUCUUCUUUGGGAUCGCAUCUUUCCACCUGUCGGAGAGGAACAGUAGUGAAAGGAAUGAUGCAUAACGUAAGCUCCGGUCAUACCGGAACGUCAACGCGGGCUCCGAAGACCCGUCGAUAUGCUUGUGAUCGGUGUCGAAGGCAAAAGCUAAAGUGUGAUGUCGAAAAACCGUGUUCCCUCUGCCUUCGCUCAGGAUUCGACUGUGUCACGGCCAAUUCCCCUCUGCGGUGAGUGGAUAGAUCUUGGACAUAUAAAAUCUAGCCCAACGUCAGCGGAGAUUGACAGCAUUGAGCGCUCCAUAGUAAAUCGACUACGGCCCGAGGAGCGGCCAAGCCAGAUGCACGACCGUGCGAAACCCCACGGAGGAUGAGUCGGGAACAACCAGACAGCCAUGGUCAUAGUAGGAUCGGUCAGCGGGCAUCCCCAUUGCCAAACUCACACAGGUAUGCCCAGGCCUCUGCCAUCGAACUGACCAAUGAG